AUGGCUAGUGUAUUUCGUUGUACUUACCCGAGCCGUCGCAGACGGCAAGAGGACGCUGGCCAGUUCAACAUCACUUGGCCGGUCAGAUUCGUCAGACGAAUCUUCUACCCGAAUGGAGAGGUCGGUCUUCCCGAAAUGCGACAGCGCUACCGCUGGCCAGCGAUAGGCAUUGUGCUCUACUAUGCCAGAAGAUGUGUUUGCGCCUUCGUGUGUGCUAACAUCUACUUUGGCGCCUCAUUGAUCGCAUGUAGCCCAUGUUUACAACACUAUGUGAAACGAAUCGACUCGGCGCCAGAAUUCUAUCGAUUUGCCAGGAAAUUUUCCACAAUCUGUGGAUGCGUUUAUAACAUUAUUAUAUUGUGCUUAUCAAGUGUCGUAUUCAUAGCACUUCUAGUGUUGAACAUCAUGUGGUUAAAGUCAAUCGUCUUACUAGGGAAUGACAUGACCGUGCCUCAUGUUAAUCAAGUAUGCAUUCAGCGCAACUUUGAAGCAACUAACGCCAAACCUGUUCUCAUGGCAAGCGCCGCCCGCCAGGACCAGGCUUUAUGGGAGUGCAAAUCUAUUUUUGAAAACUCAGGAAAGUUUCGGUGGACUCAGAAGAAGCCUCAUCCGUGGAUAAUUGUAAAGCACGUCGACGAGCAGACAAUCACCGCAUGGAUAGACGUCGACGCAGGUAAGGACGCAAGCGAGACCACGUCCAUCUUGUACGACAUCACAUUCAGCAAUGUCACUGCCUGCUACAGGAACAGGAACCACCCUCAUUCGCCGCCGUCGCCGAGACUUGAUUCUCGGGUUGGAGGAAAGUUGUUACGGCAACCCCGUGAAUGGCCGUUCUGGGCGGCUUGUGAUUGCAAUUACGAAGUCAAAUUUCAGCCUGUUCUCUCUUGCAUUUAG